UGGCAAAUAGGAGAGAGAGGGAGUGAGGAGAGAGAAAGAGAGAGAGGCUUUUAACCCCUUCUCACUCCUCUCAGCUGAACUCCACCCCACGACAGCCAGCUCAUUUCAUUCAUUCAUAUUUCAUUCAACUCCAUUACCAACCAACCUCUCACUCUCACUCUCUCUCUCUCUCUCUCUCUCUCUCUAUCUCACCCACACUCUCUCUAUCAAACUCGUAACGCUUCCAUUUUUUUCCCUCUUUAUUAUCUUUCUAUCUACAAAAAGACUAUAACUUUCGACGUUUUCCUCCACCAGAUCUCUCGGAAUAAAUCCACGGAGAUGCGUGCCUCUUAGAAACCCUUUUAAUUACAGCACUCGCCUCUCCCUUCCCCUCUCUCUCUCUCUCUUUGUGGUUUUCUGGGCUCUUUGUCUCGACCUUUUUUUUCUCUUGUUCCCGAUACAGCCCAGAAAACCCAUGUUAUUUUCCUUGAUUUUCUUCCAUAUUUUCUGACUUUUCCUCGAUUUCACCUUCUGGGAUUUCUGGGUUUCGAUCAAGACUCAACCUUUUGCGAAAAAAUGGCGAAUGGGGUAGAGAGAGACUGUGGGAUGGUGCUGUUUAGCGACGAUGAGCUGAGAGAGAUGAGCGGGGUGAAGAGAGGUCCGGACCAUAUGGAGGUCACGUGCGGCUGCACCAGCCACAGAUAUGGCGAUGCUGUUGGGAGGCUUAGGGUUUUCGUGAAUGGCGACCUCGAAAUCACCUGCGAGUGCACCCCUGGCUGUCAGGAAGGAAAACUGACUCCUGCUGCAUUUGAAAAGCAUUCUGGAAGAGAGACUGCUAGGAAAUGGAAAAAUAAUGUUUGGGUGAUUGAUAACGGGAAGAAGGUUCCGCUGUGUAAAACGGUGCUGCUCAAGUACCAUAACGAGGCAUCAAAAAGUGCUAAUGGUUCCCACAGAUCCAACAAUGGACGUGUUUGUCAUCAUGAUGAGUUUGUUUCCUGUACUAGGUGCAACAAGGAGCGCAGGUUUCGCCUCCGGACAAAAGAGGAAUGUCGGGUUUACCAUGAUGCUUUGGCUGAUGUGAAUUGGAAAUGUGCUGAUCUGCCGUAUGACAAAAUAACAUGUGAUGAUGAAGAAGAACGAGCAAGUCGAAGGGUAUAUAGAGGCUGCAGCCGUUCUCCGACUUGCCAAGGCUGUACUUCUUGUGUGUGCUUUGGUUGCGAAAUCUGUCGUUUCUCGGAUUGCAGCUGCCAGACCUGCACUGACUUCACAAGGAAUGCUAAAACUUGAACAAUAUCCCUGCAGUCCUGAUAUUCCCCUUUGAUCAUAUGGGUGACUUGUACCCUUAUCGCCUCAUUGAAAGCAACCCCCUACCCCUCCCCGUUCCCCACAUUGGAAACAAAAGGCAGCUUCCAAUGACAAUUUCCCGAGUUAAUGUCUCUUGUUCUCGACUUAUUUAGAACCUUCUAAUUUGAUAAUUUAUUCUCAUGCUUAACAGGUGA